CAUCUCAAUCAAACUACAAAUGGCGUCUCCUCUGUGUUGAGUUGUCCUUUUCGCACAUAAUCGCUUGACAUAAAUUAAAUCUACCAUAACAUUGAUUAGAAGGGUCUUAAAUAAAAUGUUGUUUCGUAUUAAUUCAAGAUAGCAAAAGUAUGGGGUUUACAGAAAUAAGUUCUUUACUAUUUAGGAAAAUGUCGUGGCUUGGGCGAGGCGCUCCUGUUUCCACGGCAAUAUUUGAUCAACGACGCGUCCCGGCCUGAAAUCCGCGGUUUCUAGUGUAAUAAUAGUGAAGUAAAGUGCAAAAAUGGACAAGAAAAAUAAGAAGAAAGUUGUGAUUAAGAGGAAAAGUGACGAGCCAGUGGAUGCUGAAAAGAAACCGAAAAUUAUGGUUAACAGGAAGGCAGACGGUGACAAGGAAAAAGUUGAGGUGGUGAACCAGGUUGUGGAGGUACCUGUGGAACAGGGGCAGCAGUUGGUGCAUACGGGACAGCUGGUUGAAGGCAACUUUGAACAACCAGUGUUUGUCAACAUGAAAGGGGAACCAGUACAAUUAGGUCCGAACACUGUAAUACUGUACGAACAGGGAGGGAAUCCGUCAAAUUUUGCAUUUGGCAGUAUGUGGACUAUGGAUGGCUCCGGUAGGAUAGUGAUGGCCGAGACAAUAUAUGAUGUUAAGGGCGAGCCUGAAGAAGAAGGUGGUACAUUUGUCCAAAACACAAAUGAGGUUAGCAAUCAACAAAUGGAAGAACAGAGCACCACAUACCAACAGUACGAGAUCAGCGGUAAUAACCAAGUGGAACAGCAGGAGUUCGAGGUAGCCAUCAUAGAAAGCCCGGAGGAUACUGAAAGAGAUGCUGAGCCGCAGCUGAUCACAACAGAGGAGCAGUUGGUGGCGACCGGCGCCGGCGCAGUGCGCUGGCUGAACCAGAAGUAUGACUUCGUCGUAAGGAAACUUCAACUCAACUAUGAUGCGGGUGUGAAGCUUCUGCAUUCCUCGUCAGGCUGCAUACAGUGUGUAUACUUCACAACACCAAGCAUGCAGCUCGCUUUCAAUGCAGUGCCACAGUUUUUGUGCAUCGAAACAGAUAUAGAGUUCAACUCUAGCAUACCGACGGGGGCCGGCGGAGAGUCGCCCAAUAUAAAGCAGAACGUGACGCUUUUUCUGGCUGAAGACGGCAACGGGAAGUCUGUGGUCGUCAGCGCUGGUAUCUCGACUCUGAUAGGAGAUGACCUGACGUGGUUGUUGGACACGUUUAAGUCUUGCAAUCCCGCGUGGAGGCAAGUGCGGUGUGUCGUGUGCGACCCUAGCAAGUGUCAGCAGGCGGUGCGCACGUCGUUUCCGUCGGCGCACGUGACCAGCUCGGUGUGGCAGGCGGCGCUGGCGGGCGCGCGCGCGGCGCGACGCUGCGACGCGGCGCUGGCGCUGGACGACGUCGCCGCGCGCGCCAAGACCUAUGCGCUCGCGCUGCUCCGCGGCGAGCACACGCAGGCGCAGCUACAAGUACUGAGACGAGGGAUAAUUGGGACGGGCGCGGGCACACUCAGACUGUGGGAGUUGUUGACGCGGCCCAAUGGCGCCAUAGCCAAGCUGGACUCGUGGCUGGAAGCUGACAACUACACAAAUAUACUGCACAAGGGCCUGGAACGUUUGGUUGCCAAGUUUAAUGGAGUUGUGCGGUCACCGAUGCAGCCUGAUGAGUUUGUAUCUCUCUUCUUCACCGUCUCCAACCAGUUGGAAGAGGAAAGGAGGAAUUUCGCCCUGAGCAGACUGCGGGACACAGAAACAUUGAAACAGUCUCCAACGGACACGAUCACGCAGUACGCCUAUAACUUAAUGAGUCAUCAGACCAAACUCGCACAGAAGUGUCUCGACGACCGCGCUGGCAGACGCCACAGCAGCGCGGCGAUAUGCAAGUACGGCACAUCGACGCAAGAGUGCUCGUGUCUGUUCAGCAAAGUGUUCCGGCUGCCGUGCCGGCACAUACUGAUGCUCACCACCGAACUCAAGGUAAAAACGCACAUCCCAUUCGAGCCUCGCUGGACGGUGCAGCAUUGCCUUUUCGGCUGUGACGCCGCGACCCCGCCCGCACAAUCUGGCUCUGGCGGCGCGUUUAUGGAACAAGUCGUUGUGGAAGAGGGGCAUAGACAGCCGAUGCAACAGCAGAUACACCAGGUGGGUGGCGUGCGGCAGCAAUAUGUUUUGGCCGGACAACAAGCCACACCUGUUUCACAGGUGAUAUUCUGCGGGAGCGGCGUGGGCGGAGUGGGGGGUGUGACGGGGGUCACGGGGGUGGGGGGGGCGGCGCCCGUGCUCACGUCCGUGCUGCCGCCCGGCGGCGCCGUGCUCACGCCGCAUCACGCGCUGCAUCACUGAUACCUAUAGUACACAUCCUGACAGACAACACAUAAUAAAUAUAUAUACACUCUGUUUUGAUAAGUAACCCUGUAUAUGGUCUAGAUAAUACAUCCCAAUGUUGAAAUAGAAAUUACGUUUCAGUACUGCUAGAUAGCUAUAGAGGUACGAACUGAGGUCUAUAGAUAAACAUCCAAGAUUCAGAUCCAUCUGAAAAAGAUUUUCCUUUUGAAAAAGAUGACCGGACAUCGAACCUCCAGCGUAGCAGUCAAAUAGGCUACAGAGGUUAUCAUACACUUCUGAAACGGAAAAAUGAAUGCACUGUGACAAAAUUCAUGUAGUUACAUCUAGCGUCACUAUAUUUGUUGAAAUCAAUAAACAAUUUUAACGAAAUGUCGUAUGCACAUGUUUGAUAAUAUAUAAUUUCCGCUAACAAAGUGAAAACGUGUCCUACUUACCUUCUUUUUCGCUCUGAAUGAUACAGAUCGAAUAUUCAGAUUCGUAUGAAAAACUUCGAUUGCGCGUUCUAGACUUGUCGGUUUCUACCGUGAGUCAACCGUAGCGCCAUCUAUCCGUAGCGUUGCGAACCAUUUGUACUGCUUAAUCACUUUUUAAUUAACUUCAUCUUGCCGGGUGUGCUGUCUUAAGUAAAUAAACCUAAGCAAAAUGUCUCUGUCGUAAAAUGUAAGUGCCUCACAAUAUCUCUUGCGCAAAAUGUAUUUUCCUUAAAACGCCGCGGCGGAUUUCAAAGGUAGUAACUUGUAAUAUUAUUAAUAUGCAUCUGAAUAUCCGAUCUCUAGUAUAGUAUAUUUGAAUCAUAUCCCAUUUUGUAUGGAAUUCUGACUAUUAUCGUAAGUUGUAAAUAUUAAUAUAAGUAGUUUAAAAUCGAUUUCUGUUGACAGAUCAAAUCUAUAAAUCACGCAUUUUGUUUUUUCAUACAAUCGAAUUUAAUAAAAAAAAAAUAUAUUUUACAUUUUUCAUCAUUAAUCAAUACAUCCAAUUUGUGCAUUGUAUAACUUUUGGAAAUUCUUACUGGAUGGACUUAUCUAACGAUAUAGUUUACGGAUCAAUGUAUAUAAUUAUUCCGUAACUGACUGACAGUUAAUGCACAAAAAUGUAAGGGCUUGGGAAAUUGGGUAUGUAGUUUCCUUAAAUUUUCCGAGAUUGCCGCGAGAACAAGGGAAAAGGAAAAGCGGCGUUUACGAAAAAAUCUGGUCCGCUAUUAAAUCUUGUAAUUGUAAGAAAUUGACAUCGAAAGAUGUUGACAUUUAACGCCCGGUCGUCGUUUUGAGCAGUUGACAUUAUGAGUUGACAUUUCUUUUUCACUCGUCAUCAUUGCAAAAAGUUAUUUGGACUGUCAAUAGAAAUCGUCGGUAUGAUAGUUUAUGGAGUAUUUAAAGGAAUUUUUGUAAAAAAAAUACUAGGUUUUUAUAUUAUGUACAUUUGUGAGACUAACGAAUCGAAGAUAGAAUUCUAAGAUGUUUAAAAUGAUUUCAUAUUUUAAGUUGAUUUGUAACUCUGGUCUGGUUAAGUUUUAACGCAUAACAUGCUUAUCGCAUAAUGAGCACGCCACAAAAUGUGCACUUUUUAAACAAUUUGAAAAAGGAACUAAUCCAGUCUACAUACAAAAUCUCUCUUUUAUCUGAACGAUUUUCCCAUGCAUUUUCCGCGUCCUUUUUUUUUCUCUCCUCCACGCGACUCUACAUGAAAUAUUUUAAAUAAUUAUUAUAAAUAUUUUAAAUUGUAAUGGGUAUGUAACGGAUACUCAUACGUUAUAAAUUACGCGUCCACGGGGCCCAUAAUGUGGGGUUAACCCCAUAUAAAUUCAAUAAUUUUUUGACAUUGGUGCGCACAAAACAAACGUGAAAAUUUUAAUUGAAAACGGGCUUUAGACAACUACAGCGCCCCUAGCGAUGAAUUUAUUCAUUAAAGUUAGCCCCCAUUCUAUACAAACAAACCCGGCAUGACUUCCAUUCACAAGUUCCAUUUUACGAGUUAAUUUCAAAUACAUUGUGCAUAGUGUUGACAUUUUGCGUCAAGUGUUCAUUUUGCGAUGUGCACAUUAUGCGUAAAGUUUAUUUAUUUUUGCAGAGAAUAAUGCAAGAUUAUAAGUGCUUGCCCCCCAUAGAAACCUCGUCGAUUCGUCCGUUUGACAAAAUCGUAACUGUGUAACUUAUUAUUACAUACAUAGAUCAUUAAAAAAAUUAAAUAAACAGACGAUGGUA